AUGAACCUCUUCUCAUCGGCGGCGGCCACAGACGUCGCAGCGCCGCCCCGCCGCCCCUCGCGCAGCAAUUCCCUCUCGUCGUCGUCGACGGUCACUAUCAAGCGGUCUGCCUCGUUCAAGGACCCUAUCCUGGAUCCGUCCACACCCCACACCUCGUCCACACCGCCUGGAGCCAGACGCCGCAGUAGCGCUGCCGCCGGCGCUGGCGACGCCCUGGGAGUCUUCAGGGACGGCGUUGCCAAUCUCAAUCGCUGGUCGCAGAGCAGCGAGAGCACCGUGGCCUCGCCCACCUUCAGGGACAAGUCCACCGGACACCCGCACCCCCAGGCCAGCCUCUCGCGCCAUCUCCAGUCGCAGUCGCUAUCCCUUCCCUUCGUCAAUGGCGCCCCUGCCCACCCGCACUCACCCACUCGCCCCGACGCCUCACCCACACGCAAUACCACCCGCUCGCCGGCCUCGAGCCCCGCCGCACCCAGCGACCGCGCUCGCCCUCUACAAUCCCCGCCCUCGGCCACGGGCCCUCCGCAGAUCCCCUCGCUGCCUGCCCUCCUCCCCGCCACCGUCUACGACCCCAACAGCCCACACACGGGCUCCUCGAGCGACCCUCCCUCCACCGCCGGGCUCGUCACACCUACUACAUACACCCAAACUUCCACCGACUACUUCAAUUCGAAACCCCGACCGGCUCCGGGACAACGACCACCUUCACGGACCAAGGCGGACAGGAUACUCGGGAGGUCGCCGCUAGGGUCCCCGCCCGUCAGUGUUCUUGAAUCUGAAGCCAGAUACAGGGCGAAUUCGGGCGCUUCCCGGCCGUUGACAGCAGCCCGUCCCUCGACCGGCACCGCAAGAGACCCCCCACCGAAACCAGGGCAGAGCGCUAUACACGAAAGAUCAUUCUCGAAAGAGCAGGAAUACAGAGAUCGGAGUGCAAGUAACGCAAGCAGCCGCCUAGACGACAGCGUCCAAGGUACCCCUCCGCGCACCCGGGAGCGGAGGGAGAAGGAUAAGAAGACCAUGCUUUCACGCGCACUGCAGAAGGCGAACACUGCAGUCUUGCUGGACAAUGCGCAAAACUUCGAGGGCGCCAUGGAGGCGUAUGGAGACGCGUGCAAGCUGCUGCAACAGGUCAUGAUACGGAGUUCAGGUGAAGAGGACAAACGGAAGCUCGACGCAAUCCGUGUGACUUAUACCAACCGUAUUGAAGAGCUGCGACGACUGGACCCUGGCUACCACUCCUCGAGUGGGAAAUCAUUGCCUGCGCGCCCUAUGAGUAACGAAUCACUGGAAGAAGGACGAUCUAUGCUGCUAGGGGACGACGACGAAGAACCCGUCAUCGAAACCGCAAAGAUCAGCAGAAUCAUCGACGAUCAGCCAAUUGACGACGAUGACGGACGUGCAAGAUCUGAUUCAAGAUCACGGCAUCCGCAACAGCUACUUCUGAGGAUGGCACAGCCAGGUGGGCAGCGAGAAUCGGUCAUAUCGACAGCAAUUCGCGACGUCCAGACAGGCAUGACGAGCUCGAACCAGUUCCAUCUGCAGCCCCCACCUGGUCGACUUGCAAGCAAUUCUGCAGCGUCAGAAGCAUCCGGACUAGAAUCACCAAUGGACCGAAGUUAUAUGCCCCCACCACUGUCUCCACGCAGGCCAAUAUCGCCACUGCCUUCUUCGAAGAGAGAUCCUGACUCGAGCACGCGAGAUACUCUGGAAGAACCUACUCGGGCGGGCCAUCAAAGGGUCAACAGUACCGAAUCUAUCUCAUGGCUCGACACAAUUGACGAAUCUGGCGGUUCUUCCUGUUCGUCAUCCGUGCAUUCGCUUUCCCCAGGUGGGCUGCGCCGGAAGCAUAUUCGAAAUGGCAGCGGCGCAACAGAAGCAGAAUUCGAUGCUGCCCUAGACGCAGCCGUAGAGGCUGCAUAUGAUGAAGGCUACGAACCUUACGAAGAUGGGAUACCGGACUCGGCUGAGAUGAGGACAAACAGAUUGAGGAACGUGGAACUCGCAAAAGAGCGAGUGCGGGAAGCAGAAAGAGAAGAAGCUAUUGCGGCCGCAAAGUAUCGCUACAAGGAGACGCAACUGCGAAGCGAACCAUUGCCACACGUCAGAGAGAGCAGGGAACUCAAUUUCCAUGACGAAGCUGAAGAGGAGGAACGAUUGCUGGACGAGAUCACGAGGGAGUACAUGCUGGACGGAUUUGAUUUCGAUCUGCAAACGAAGUCGUCAUUGCCGCGGCAAUCAGAUUCCAGUGGCUUCUCGGGUAGCACGUACAACAGUUCGGUUUCGUCACACAGAACAACGGGUGGAACAUCACUAUCGACCGUUGCGGAAAUCAUGCAGCCAACGAAGCCCAAAGCGCCCAUAAGUUCCCCGCCACCGGUUUCUACAUCAUCUGGUACCCUGGCGUCAGUAUCAGAAUCUCGAACGUCGGAAGCGAACGACGCGUCUGAAACAACACCGAAGGCUCAAGUCGUCGCCAAAGAAGCUGCGUCGGUACGCAGUCGGAGGUUGUCUGGGCAAAACCUCAAGUCACUGAAGAUAGAAACUUCAUUACCACCGGUUCCUCCUGCGCCACACACGGAUAAGGCGUCGCAUGUUGAGAGAGAAGCACGACCUGAAAUUCCGCCACUACCUAAGUCUGCAGCUGCUGCAACGUUCAGCAGCACGCAGCCUUUGAUCGAUGCAACUUUCAAGAUUCCCGCAAUCCCGCAAUCGCAUUCCCAAAGCGGCCUCAGCGCUCCCUCACCACAGGCACUUGCUCCCAGUCCAGCAGAUACUGCUUUCACCGUGUCCCCAGCAACACCAGCUCUUAACAAUACUAUAUCGAAUGACGCUAUUCCCGCUCCUGCCUCUCCGAAGACUGGCAAGGGUUCCUCGAUGGGCAUCAGGAAGAACAAAUCAUCUCUUAGCUUGAAGCAGCGAAACCUCUCGGUAUCGAGUCCGGAUGGCUCAGACGGUUCGGUCGCCACUCCCAUGAGUGCUACAUUCAACUUUGGUGGUCGAAAGCCAAGCAUUGCGCCAAUACCCACGCCUACACCGAGUGUACCCACGUUCAAUGUCGAUGGGCUGCCUAGCGGAGGCAUGCAUUUGUUCGAAAGCGAUAUUCACUCCCCCUACUCACCUGGUUCGCCUAGUGCUGCCGUAGCGAAUGCGCCCAUACCAUUGGAGCCCUGCCCGGAGUCGUAUCUUCUCCGACCUUUCUGGCUCAUGCGAUGCUUCUACCAGACCAUCGUGCACCCGCGUGGCGGAUACUUGUCGACUAAGCUCUUCAUUCCUCGCGAUGUAUGGAGGGUCAAGGGUGUCAAACUCAAGAACGUAGACGACAAGAUUGCCAAUUGCGAUCUGCUUACCGCCGCGCUGCAGAGACUAUCAACUGUCGACACGCUCGAUGCAGACGCCGUUCUUGAAGAGAUGCAAGCAUUCGAGGUGGUCCUGGAUCAAGUACAAACGCAACUAUCAAAGAAGCUCGGCAACGAAGUAGGCAUACAAGGCGUGUCGGUACUUUUCAAGGAUGCAUAUACGGUAGGGGUAGGAUCGGCUGCCGACGGUAACUCCGAGAAGGGUUCUCAUGGAUCGCAAGACCAUGGACCGAAGAGUGGUCUGUCGCAGAGCAAGUCGUAUCUUACGUCAUGGCGUAAGCUACGAUCGAAGAACUCUGCAGUAGGUUUGAGCAGCAUGGCAGGAGCAAAGAGUGCGGCAACAGAGGUCUCGAAGGACUCGUUGACCAUGGCCACGCUCCCGAUGACGAACCUGCCAAAUAUCAGGUUCGCGAAACGCGAUAUUGGGAAUGUAGCGUUUGAGGGCCCGAACGCGGGAUACAUGGGCAGCUUGGCGAAGCUGUUCGAUUCAGUACAAAUAUUGGAUCAAAUCGCUCGCCAAGUCGAAGACCCAGGCCUGAAGCACUCGUCACCCACACACGUCGGCCUCGAACUCUGCGCCCGCCACGCGGCCGAGUUUUUUGGCUUCUACAUCUGCCGCUUCGUGCUCGCAGAUGUAACCCUCAUGCUGGACAAGUUCAUCAAGAGGGGAAGCGAGUGGGUGCUGGUAUGA